GUGGGCUGAAAUCCUGGGAUUUGUGGGUGAGGAACGGAAGGAAUAUUUCAACAGGUUUUUUGAAGAUCAGACCGUGGCAGCAGCUGUUUUCAAACACAUGGAGGAGAACGAGAUCCUGUACACCAUGAGCUACAACCCCUCCUACUGCUGGAUCCUGGGUCUGGCACUGGGACCCUUCUUCACACAGAGACAGGGACCCGCAGCGAGUUCCCAAGACCAUCACCCAACUAUAUUCCUACUAUAUUUACAACAUCCUGAAAAACCACAGCCGUGAGAUUGAAAGCCCCCGUGAUGUGUUAUUGAGGGUUGGUCAAAUGGCCUUCACAGCAGUGUCCGAGAGGAAGAUUGUGUUCAUAGAUGGAGAUUUGAUCGAGUACAAUCUGCAGCCUUCCCAGUUCCUGUCCGGCUUCCUGAUGGAACUUUUGGAGAGAGAGGAUUCUGGCCGGAGCGUGGUGUACACAUUCCCACACCUCACCAUCCAAGAGUUUGCCGCCGCACUCGCACUAUUCCUGACUCCAGAUCCUGGGUCUAUCCUGAAAUUCCUCACUGAAGCCCACAGCACAACAGAUGGGCGAUUUGAGGUAUUUCUCCGUUUUGUUGCUGGUCUCUCCUCCCCAGCGUCAGCUCGGCGCCUGGAGGAGUUUAUGGGUCCAUUUCCCCAUCAAACAAUCUGCCGAGUGAUUGACUGGGUGAAGGAGGAGGUGAUACGCCAGAGUGGAAACACACGGAGUCAAUAUGGUAGAAGGAGCCUCCUGAACACACUGCACUACCUGUUUGAGUCUCAGAACCGUGGGCUGGCUCAGGCCGCAACGGGAUCGGUGGAAACGAUUUCAUUCUGUGAAUGUCACCUGACACCGAUUGACUGCGCGGUCCUGACCCAUGUCAUUGGGUUCUGUGAUACAAUAAAACGCCUCGAUCUGGACAACUGCCAUAUUGAGAGUGAAGGACUCCAGCGGCUGGUACCCGUGUUGCACAAAUGUUGGGAGUUGAGACUUGGGAGCAAUAAACUGGGAGAUUCGGGAGUGAAACUGGUUUCUGCGGCUCUGAGAGUCCAGGAGUGUAAAAUACAGAGACUGUGGCUGGGGGAUAUCGGUCUCACAGAUUCUGGUGCUGAGGAUCUCGCCUCUGCGCUCGGUACAAACAAAUCACUGAUGGAAAUUCACCUGAGUGGCAAUAAACUGGGAAUUUCUGCCGUAAAACUGGUUUCAUCAGCUCUGAGGAAUCCGCUGUGUAAAAUACAGCAACUGGAGCUGUGGGAUGAAGAAGGUCUUUGGGAUGAUUGCACCGAGGUUCAUGACUCCGCUCUCGGUACGAACGACCCACUGAUGCACCUGCACCUAUAUGAUGGGGAACUGGGAGAUUCGGGAAUGAAACUGCUGGCUGCAGCUCUGAAAAUCACCAAAUAUAAAAUAAAGAGACUGUGGCUGAAGAAUCUCGGUCUCACAUAUACUGGUAUCGAGGAGAUCAUAUCUGUUCUCAGUACACACCGAUCACUGACAGAGCUGGACGUGAGUGGAAAUAAAUUUGGAGAUUCGGGAGUGAAACUGGUGUCUGCGGCUCUGAGAGACCCGAAGUGCAAACUGCAGAGACUGCGGCUAGAUGGAGCCAGUCUUUCGGCUUCUUACACCAACGAACGUGUCUCCGCUCUCAGUGGAAAUGACUCACUGUUGGACCUAGAUCUGAAUGAUAAUAAACUGGGAGAUUCAGGAGUGGAGCUGCUGGCUGCGGCUCUGAAAAUUACGAAACGUAAAAUACAGAGACUGAAGAUGUGGGGUGUCGGUCUCACGGAUUCUGGUGCUGAGGAUCUCCUCUCCGCUCUCAGUACAAAACGAUCACUGACGGAGUUGAAUCUCGGGUGUAAUAAGCUGGGAGAUCAGGGAGUGAAACUGGUGUCUGCUAUUCUCAGUAAUCCGCAGUGUGAAAUACAGAGACUGUGGCUGGAUAGUGUCGGUCUCACAGAUUCUGGUGUUGAGGAUCUCGUCUCCGCUCUCAGCACAAACCGAUCACUGAUGGAAUUGAACCUGUGUAGCAACGAACUGGAAAAUUCAAGGGUGAAACUGCUGGCUGCGGCUCUGAGGAAUCCGGAGUGCAAGAUACUGAGACUGGAGCUGGAUGAAGCCAUUCUUUCAGCUGAUUGCUCCGAGGAUCUUGUCUCCGUUCUCAGUAAAAGCAACUCACCAAUGCAAGCGGAGCUGCGUGGAAAUGAACUGGGAGAUUCGGGAGUGAAACUACUGGCUGAGGCUCUGAGAAUCACCAAAUACAAAAUACAGAGACUGGUGCUGCGGCGUGUGGGUCUCACAGAUUCUGGUGUCGAGGAUCUCGUCUCCGCACUCAGUGCAAACCAAUCACUGACUGAGCUCAACCUUGGCUUUAAUGAGCUGGGAGAUUCAGGAGUGAAACUGCUGUCAGCAGCUCUGCGGGGCCCGGAGUAUGAAAUACAGAGACUGGUUCUAGAUCAUGUCGGCCUGACAGAUUCUGCUGCCGAGUUUCUCGCCUCGGCUCUCAGUACACAGCUGUCGCUGACGGAGUUGGACUUGACUGGCAAUUCCCUGGGAGAUUCAGGAGUGAAACUGCUGUCUGCGGCUCUGAGUAAUCCGGAGUGCAAUAUACAGAGACUGGAGCUUUACAAUGUCGGUCUCAGAGAUGCUGGUGCCGAAGAUCUCGUUUCCGCUCUCAGUACAAACCGCUCACUGACGGAGCUGGAGAUGAGUUUCAACUCGCUGACGGACGUAUGUGUCCCCGCUCUACGCCGCCUCAUCCUGACCCUUCCGAGUCUGCAGCGGAUUUGGCUGAUGGGGAAUGAUUUCAGUCGGUUGGGCCAGAAUGAAUUGCGGACCCUGCUGAAGUCCAGACCUGGAGUGACAGUGAAACUGGGCACAUUUCAAUGAACAAACAUCACCUCCCGUGGGAUGGUGAUACUUCUGGAAGAUUUUCCGCCCUCCCCUCUAAAAGUGUGCUCUCCGGGUUUCAACCCUCGCAGUUCCCAGGUGGAGUGGGGUCGUUGUGACGUCAGAGGUGGUGUUGCUGUGAAGUGACCAAGCCGCCCGGCCGCACCGAGCAGCUGGUGUCGGAUAUACGGCUCGAAUUCCCCCCUUGGAGUCCCAUUUAUUCAGUACUUUCAUAUGAUAGAGAUCCCUUUUCAAUAACUUUUCAAUUUCGAGUAACGGAGUUGACGACAUCAUAUUGCUCUGUUUCUACUGAGAAAUUUCAUUCCAGUUUUAUUUUUCCUUAUUUUCGUCUUUUCUUUUGGAAAUUUUCUUUUUAGUUUGGUUUGACAUAUUAUUUACAAUUUUUUAUUGACUUGGGGAUAUUUUUCCUUUUCUUUCAUAUACACAAUAAAUCUU